UAUAAUAGCCUCAAAUCAAUACCAAAAGACAACACGUUUGUGUGUUCUUUGACGACCUGGAAUAAGAAACACAUUUAUUUUGACAAACCAGUGAGAUGUUUGAAAAGUUCAGAGGUCGUUUCCAUAGAAACACACGAGCGUCGUCCAGUCUGGGCUGAAGAAGUUGUCAUGCUAACGCUAAGUGAGUUUGUCAACUCAGUUUAUCUUUGUAGGUGUGGAAAGCUUGUCUGAAUAAUAGCGUGAAACAUGUCAGCUGCAGUAAAUCCACUGUCUAACCCGAAAGGAGGGAAGAAGUUAUGUGAAUUAUGUCACAAGCCCGCGUAUCUUCAAUGCACAAAGUGCCGUGUGACUUACUAUUGUGACACCGCCCAUCAAGAAGCUGAUUGGCUGAGCAUCCAUAAUAGGGUGUGUCAGAUGCUGAGGCCUGUCCGUACACCCGCCCCCUUUCACACACUCCAGGCCGACAGAGACCAUCACCGUGCAGAGAUACGCAAGGCUCAGGAAAAGCUGAUCUCCAUGUCUGAGGAGGAGGCACGCCGUUGGCUGUUUGAGGGGCGUUGUCAAGAGGCUCUUCCUGCUGCCCGCUUCUGCCUCCGUAUCGCCAUGGAAACACACGGACCCAACGCUGUGCAGCUGGUACCCGCCUACCUGCUGCUCGCUGAGGCCAAUGUGGGCCUGGGCAGUCUCUCGCUGGCUGAGGAGUAUCUGUCCCAAGCGGAGUGGACGGUGUUGAAGACCCCAGACUGCAGUGGAGCCCUGAGGCAGCAGCUCCACAGGAACAUGGGCAGCCUCCACAACACCACAGGCAACCUGGACGCAGCACUGCAGCACUACGCCAACCACGUGUAUUAUGCUAGUGAAGAGUAUGGUUUGGACAGCAUUAUCACCUGCGGAGGCUACUUCCUGAUGGCCAGUGUGUUCCAGAAGCAGAAUAAGAUAGACAUUGUCAAGUCUCUCCACAAGAAGGUGGCAGAUAGUUGGCAUGGUCAUCUGAGUAAGCUGAUGGAGAAGAGGAUGAAGUUCUCAGUGCACCAGACUCUUAGUGAGGUGCAGCGAUGUGAAGGGGAUCGGACUCUAACAGACUUGCUGGAGGAACAGGAGAAGAUGAACACUAGCUCCGCCCCUAACUCCACACACUGUGAUUUUAACUCCGCCCACUUGCUGCACUGCCUCGCCAUGCUCUGGAGCCUAGCUGGGUCCUGGACUAAGGCGCUGCAGUUUGGCCGUAGAGCUCUGGUGGAGGUCCAGCGUGUGAAAGAUCAUGAGCUCACUGCCCCCAUUCAACAGCUCCUUACCUGGAUAGAGACACUGCCCAACACUCUCACACACACACCUGCCAUUACACACUAAUCUCACACACACACCUGCCAUUACACACUAAUCUCACAC